AUAUUCAACUCUAACUAUUCUACUUAACUAUGCUAAUGUUUAAGAUUGAUGACUUUUCUGACGAAUUGGAGGGACAAUAUUCAUGUUUUGCGACAACUUCUGGUGGAACAGCGGAACACACAUUCGAGUAUAGGAUUGCAGAGGAUUGUAACGUCAGAAUAUUUCCUGGACCUCAGCCAGAGAGCAAAAAAAUAAACGAAAUGGCUUUACUUAUAUGCCGCGUGGACAAUCAGGCCAAAGAAGUCAGAUGGAAGAAAGAUGGAGUUUACAUUGAUUAUGACAAGGAUGAUAGAAUCAAGAAAAUGGCUAAUAACUACUUACGUAUCUUAAACGUUAGAAUGCAGGACGCGGGAGUUUACCAGUGCGAGGCCGAAGACGAAAACGGUUGCUAUAGUUAUAAGGAAGGCAAUUUUCAUGUGGUGGACGUAAAUUCGUUCAAGUCAUAUUGUGGUAUAUCCAUUCAUGAUGAGGCUAUGGUUUCGUCAAGAAUAUCAAAGGGAUCAGAGGCACCACCUGGAAUGUAUCCAUGGCAUGUUACGUUCCGAACUAGAGGGGUAUGUAAUUUUUUACAUAAAGCUAAUAACACUAGAUUGAAUUUAUUUUCAAAAUAUUUUAAAAGUUUUAACUAAGCAAUUAAUCGAUGC